GACGGCCAGGCAUCGAUCCAUUUGUUUACCGAGGUCGUCUGCUAGCCCGACGUUCCCUGACGUUUUUCGCCAACGUCUGCGAAUUAUGCUGUGAGAAACGCCCGCGUUUAUGUGACUGUUGCGGGUGAAAACGGAUCCGCGAUGCCGGGGACCGAAGACAGCGCGACGGAGCUGGGGGAGAUAGAAAAUGUCAGGGUGGUGGUGCGAGUUCGGCCGCUGAGCACCAAGGAGUUCGACAGCCACUGCAAGAACAUAAUAGACGUGGACACUCUGAACGCCGAGAUCACCAUAGAGAAUCAGAAUGCGGCCCACGGAGAGCCACCGAAGGUCUUCUCCUUCGACGCGGUGUUCGACACGGACUCAACCCAGGUGGACAUCUACAAUGAGACCGCCAGGCCUAUAGUGGACAAGGUGCUGCAGGGCUACAAUGGGACGAUCUUCGCGUACGGCCAGACCGGCACCGGCAAAACUUAUACCAUGUCCGGUGCUAAAACCUCCCCGCAGGCCAGAGGGAUCAUCCCGAACACGUUCGCUCAAAUCUUUGGCCACAUAGCCAAGGCCGAUGAGAAUCAGAAAUUCCUCGUACGUGCAACAUAUCUGGAGAUCUACAACGAGGAGGUUCGAGACUUGCUCGGUAAGGACCAGAACACUCGGCUGGAGGUGAAGGAGAGGCCGGACAUCGGAGUGUUUGUGAAGGAUCUGAGCGGAUACGUGGUGAACAAUGCUGAUGACUUGGAUCGCAUUAUGUCUCUCGGCAAUAAAAAUCGUGUCGUCGGGGCUACUGCCAUGAAUGUGUCUAGUUCCCGGUCCCAUGCAAUAUUCACAAUCACGGUCGAAUCUAGUCAGAUCGGCGAAGACGGGGAGCAGCAUGUGAAGAUGGGGAAGCUCCACUUGGUGGAUUUAGCCGGAUCAGAGAGACAAAGUAAGACGAAGGCGACGGGUCAGCGGUUGCGCGAAGCCACCAAGAUUAACUUGUCGCUGUCCACAUUGGGAAACGUAAUAUCCGCACUGGUUGACGGACAAAGCUCUCACGUGCCUUACAGAAAUUCCAAACUGACUAGAUUGCUUCAGGACUCAUUGGGUGGAAAUUCGAAAACGUUGAUGUGUGCAAACAUUAGUCCAGCAGAUAUAAACUACGACGAGACUAUAAGCACUUUACGUUACGCGAACCGCGCGAAGAACAUUAAGAAUCGCGCGAGGAUCAACGAGGAUCCAAAGGACGCUCUGCUUCGACAGUUCCAAGUAGAGAUCGAACAAUUGCGCAAGCAGUUGGAGGAUAAUGGGGCGGAGCUCUCGGAAUCUGAGGAAGAAUCCGAGGAUUCGGAAGAAACGAGAGAAACGAAGCGAGACAAGAAGGUGCGACAUAGAAGGAGUCAAAUAUUGUCGGUGGAAGAGUUGGAGUACGGAGACACGGACUCGACGGAAAAGGUCGAUAAGGCCGAAAGGGACGAUAAGAGUCCGGUGGAUAAAGACGUCAUCGAACUGAAGAAGACUCAGAGCGAGAAGGAAGCGUUGCGGGAGAAGAUGCAGAAUUUACAGAAUAAGAUAUUAGUGGGCGGCGAAAAUCUGUUGGAGAAGGCGGAGGCUCAGGAACAAUUGUUAGCUGCCGCGGCGGUCGAGCUCGAGCAGCGGAAGAGCCGGGAAGAGCAGUUGAAGAGGGCCAUUAAAGCGAAGGAGGCGGAACGCAUCGACAUCGAAGAGAAGUAUUCGUCUCUGCAGGAGGAAGCGGCUGGGAAAACGAAGAAAUUAGCGCGCGUGUACACGAUGUUGAUGUCCGUCAAGGCGGAGCUGUCCGACCUGCAGCAGGAACACCAAAGGGAGAUGGAGGGUCUUCUGGAGGGUGUACGGGGAAUCGGCAGGGAGCUGCAGCUGCAGAAUCUCAUUGUAAAUCAUUAUAUUCCCGUUCAGUACCAGACGAUGAUCAAGAGAUAUGUUCACUGGAAUGAGGAUAUAGGCGAAUGGCAGCUAAAGUGCGUGGCAUAUACAGGGAAUAACAUGCGCAAAGCACAGACUGCAUCGCCGGCAGGGAAUAAUAAAGACACAAUGCCGCCAGACAUGUCGAACAUAUAUCUCUCUUACAACAUCGGGCUAGACAAUACAUAUGUGCAACCGAAGAAAGUGCGAACCCGCUCUGGCGUUCCCAGACCGACUACCGCGCAUCGACGCACACCGCACUAAACACGAAGAUCCUCGGUGGUGGUGUCGCAGGGGUUUAUCUUAUCUCCCAUUUUUGUAGAUCAAUUUUUUCGGAGAUUUACACAUCCACGUUUGUUCACGCAAACGUACAGUAUAUUUGUAAUGUACUCGUAUCGGUGACUUGGUGAUUAGAUAAUUCAUCCGUUCUCCCGGUUUUGCGAUAUCCCGUGUUACUUUUAAGAUCUCGGGAUCUUUUUUUUAUACGUAUGUAUACAUGUGAGAAGGACAUCCUAACUGCAUCGUGAAUACGAUUGAGAAUAUAAUUUAACGCUGAUCACAGACACAGAUAAAUUGAAAACUAUUUAAGCGCAUUUUUUUUCGAAGUCACUUUGAAGCACGCCAUAGAUAUUUUAUCCAAGAGUAUUAAACUUUUUUUUAUUUAUAACGUAGCGUAAGAUUAUCUCAACACAUUCACAAAUAGUAUGUAAAAAUAUUCUUAGAUAUACAUUUUCGUGGUAACAAUAUGAGAGAAAGAAAGAGAGAGAGAGAGAGAGAGAGAGAGAGAGAGAUCAUUCUGAUAGCGUAGAAAAAUAAUACGAGUCCAUUAGAAAAGUGAAAAACAAUGCUGUACCUGCGAAAUAAGGAUUUGAGAAUUUCAGAAGAUCGACAUAUAAAAAAACCAUGAUAUUUACAUGAUAUUUAUAGAUUCGGCUUAAGAUCCAACGUUCUUUUAAGAGAAAUUUAUUCUACAUGUAGAAAUUCGUAUCUCUUCGGUAGCUUUGUUCGCUUAUACUCCCUACAUGAUUCCUUCGGACAAACUUGGCGUAAGAAAUUACAUAAUGCGAUAAAAAUAUUAACUAGGAAUAAUACAGCGCAUAUAUUUAUAAUUAAUGUCGAGUAUGUGUCAAAUAAUCGCGAUAGUGUUACUUUUUAUUUGAUAAAGUAGCCAUUUUUUAUGUGCUAUAGUGAUAUUAGAUUCGUGACUUUAGACAACGCAAACGUCCGAGAGAUAUCGCGAAAACGUCCGAAAAGAUCGGACAUUCUUCAAAUGCGUUUCGGACUUUCGCGUUAUCUGAAAGUUUUAUACUCUCUCGUAGUUCUUUUAGAAUGCCCGACGAGAUAUGUAUGUGCAUUUAUUAUUUACUGUGAUAUAUCGAAAUGCUUUCGCGCAUAUGUUUUCGAUUGAGUUUUCGCCAACGCUUUAUUUAGCGUUAAGCAGCCGAUUCAGCGUUGAAUAUUUAUUGUUGUCGCGGCGUAGGCGUUUUGUUUUCGUAUUUUUAAUUUGAGAAAUAUAAAGGAUGAAUUUCGACCA